UCCCUCCCUCCCUCCCUCCUGCCUUCCUUCUUUCACACAAGCACACUUUCUCUCUCUCUGUUUGUCCUUCUUUCUAAAUCCCAGUCAGUGAUAAUGGAGCCCGGCAGUCCAAAGAAGAUCCAGUUUGCUGUGCCUCCUCUGCAGGGGCAGAUUGACCCACAGGCCGCCGAACAUAUCCGUCGAAGAAGGCCGACCCCCGCCACCCUGCAGAUCUACAGACAACCUGGGACAGAUGUUGGAGACCAACAGCAUGCCAUUGGAGAGCCACAGGCUUCAGAUGCUGCCCAGAGGAAGCAGAGCACCUAUGCCCCCCCCUCAAUAAAAGAUAAACUGCAAAGAGCCGUACCAGAGGAGGAAGAGGAAGAAACCGGCCAACAGGAAUGACUGAUGGACACCAGCUGGAGAGAGAAACACCUAUCAGACCAGCAUCAGACCAGUCAACACGUAAAUUUGCAUAGACACAUCUAGUACCUUUUAUCCCUUUAGUUUCGUAUGAAAAAUACACUUUAAACUACCUCGACGGGCGUGUAUCCAUUUAGUCAUGUACAGAAAAACAAUUUAAAAACAGAUUGCCAUAGGUUUCAAAAAAACAAAAAGUAAAUAAUCACAUAGUUUGUUUUUUGUUACAUUACUGAAGGGAUACACGCCCGUUCAGGUAGUUUAAAGUGUAUUUUUUGUACAAAAUCAAAGUGAUAACAGGGUAUAGACUAUGGGUCUGCUGAUCUGACAGAACACUGGUCCAACCUGAAGGCUGGAGAAAUGAAGAUGGACACACCAACAUGACAGGAAAUCUGCAAGACUGAAAGUUCACAAAGUUUUAUGGAAAACUUCAACCUAGCAGGAGAAGAAAUUUGUUAUUAAGUAAAAUGGGCAGAAUAUUUUUACAAAGAUUUUCCUGUUUCCUCUGUUUCCAUGUCUUCCAUGAUGCGAACUGCGCAGUCAAAGGAAGGCAAGGCUUCUAAACAUUCACUCUUUUUUCUCCAUAAUAUUCUGCCCACCAUGUUUCUUAUUAUAAUCAAAAGCCAUAAAAAAAUCUCUUUUAGUGAAAAAAAGUUUACAUGAUAUACACCAAGUGAUGAUGGUUCUUGUUUGUAUAAUGUGUUUGAACAGGGCGCCCCCUGCUGGCUUCUGCCGGGUAGCAGAGCUGAGUCACAAAUAAAAGAAAAUAUUCUUGGCUUUUUGGA